AUUCAUACAGACACUUUGUUGAAUCCUACCUCUUCCUUCGCCAUCUCUGUACCACUAGCAAGUACUUACUGUAGAUUGCCGCUAUGCGUCUUAUCAUUCGCGAUGACCCUGUCGCUGUCGGCGACUAUGUCGCCAACUACAUUGCCAAACGCAUUAAUGACUUUGCACCGACCGCUAGCAAACCUUUCGUGCUCGGUCUCCCAACUGGCUCCUCUCCUAUUCCAACUUACAAAGCCCUCAUCAAUAAAGUCAAGGAGGGUAGUUUAUCGUUCAAGCACGUCAUCACUUUCAACAUGGACGAGUAUGUCGGCAUUCCUCGUGAUCACCCAGAAUCCUACCACACAUUCAUGUUCCGCGAGUUUUUCUCCCAUAUCGAUAUUCCCCCCUCCCAAGUCAAUUUACUGGAUGGGAACGCCGAAGACUUGGUCGCGGAAUGCAACGCAUACGAGUCCCGCAUCAAGCAGUGUGGUGGUAUCGAGCUCUUCCUGGGUGGUAUCGGCGAGGAUGGUCAUAUCGCAUUCAACGAGCCUGGCUCGUCCCUCGCGUCCCGGACCCGCAUCAAGACACUCGCUUACGACACCAUCCUCGCCAACGCCCGCUUCUUUAAUAACAAUGUUGCUGCUGUCCCUCGUAUGGCCCUUACAGUCGGUGUUGCUACAGUACUUGAAGCAAGGGAAGUCGUGGUUGUAGUCACGGGUCAGAGGAAGAGCUUGGCUCUCAGCAAGGCCAUCGAGGAUGGCGUAAACCACCUUUGGACUCUCUCGGCGCUGCAGCUCCACCCUUGGGCGUUGAUUGUAGUCGAUGAAGAUGCGACAGCCGAAUUGCAUGUCAAAACAGUCAAAUAUUUCAAGUCAAUUGAACGCGUGCAAGACGAGGUAGAGCAGCGGCAGGCGGAGCUGAAGGCGAGAGGUCGAACAGAGCAUCAAGGGCAAGUUGGUAGUAUGGAGUGAUGUUGUCUGUCGACACUAUGAGCUACAUAAUAAUGAUCAAGCAGAACAGACAAGUUUUUCGGCAAGCCAGUUCAAUAGGUUUUGAAGUUGGCCAUUCUCCCAUCCUUCGCAACUCCAUUUUACUAGUGGUGAGCACAAAGUGUGCUGUAGUAUGUGAUGUUAGCGCUUUGCUGAAAUAGG